AGCGGCGGCGGAAGCGGAAGUGCAUCAGUGGUGGGGGCCUCGGGAAGUGUUUGUAGUGUUUCUCCCUCCUUCUCAGCCACAAUAACAGACUGUGAGGCGGCGGAUAAGGGGACCGGACCUGAAGGCCUGAGGUACUUUGAACUCAUAUAACCAGGAAAGGAAAUUUGCUCUUUGAUACCAGAGGGAACGCAACAAUGGGACCACGAAAGAAAAGUGUUAAAAUGUGUCUCAUAAAUGAUGAAAUCCCAGAGGAAGUAAUACCAGAUGAAACAAAGGACUAUAUGAAUCAACUUUCACAUGAAGUACUUUGCCAUAUAUUUAGGUACCUCCCUCUGCAGGAUAUCAUGUGUAUGGAAUGUCUUUCCCGGAAGCUGAAGGAAGCAGUGACCCUAUAUCUGAGAGUCGUGCGGAUCGUGGAUCUCUGUGCAGGGCGUUGGUGGGAGUAUAUGCCAAGUGGUUUCACAGAUUCCAGUUUCUUAACACUUUUGAAGAAGAUGCCAGAUGUUGAACAGCUGUAUGGUCUUCACCCUCGAUACCUUGAGAGACGAAGAGUAAGGGGCCAUGAAGCGUUUAGCAUUCCAGGAGUCCUAGAAGCUUUACAGGCAUGCCCAAACUUGGUGGGUGUGGAAACAUCGCAUUUGGAAUUAGUAGAAUCCAUUUGGACAUAUAUGCCACAUGUUCAUAUUUUGGGGAAAUUUCGCAAUCGUAAUGGAGCAUUUCCAAUUCCUCCUGAAAAUAAACUGAAAAUUCCUAUAGGAGCGAAAAUUCAAACUUUACAUUUAGUUGGAGUGAAUGUUCCUGAAAUCCCUUGUAUCCCAAUGCUCAGGCAUCUUUAUAUGAAGUGGGUAAGACUCACUAAACCACAGCCAUUUAAAGACUUUCUUUGCAUCAGCCUAAGAACUUUUGUCAUGAGGAACUGUGCAGGGCCCACAAAUUCCUUGAAAUAUGUCCCAUUAGUAACAGGCUUGUCCUCGGCCCGAAACUUAGAACACUUAGAAAUGGUUCGCGUCCCUUUCCUUGGAGGUCUUAUCCAGCAUGUGGUGGAAGACAGUUGGAGAUCAGGUGGUUUCAGGAAUUUGCACACUAUUGUUUUGGGAGCUUGCAAAAAUGCUCUCGAAGUAGAUCUUGGUUACCUCAUUAUCACUGCUGCCCGUAGGUUGCAUGAAGUUCGGAUCCAGCCUUCCCUAACCAAAGAUGGUGUCUUUUCUGCCUUAAAGAUGGCAGAACUGGAGUUCCCCCAGUUUGAAACCCUUCACCUAGGAUAUGUAGAUGAGUUUUUGCUGCAGAGUAGAAUGGCGAAUGCAGAUUUGGUGAAGUAUGGUUUGGCUGAUGUGGUAGAAAAUCCUGGUAUCAUCACUGACAUAGGAAUGAAGGCAGUCAAUGAAGUUUUUUCCUGUAUCAAGUACCUGGCCAUUUAUAAUUGCCCACAUCUACAUAACCCAUACAAUUGGAUUUCAGAUCACUCAAGAUGGACUCGAUUGGUUGAUAUCAACCUAGUACGGUGCCACGCUUUGAAGCUGGACUCUUUUGGCCAGUUUAUAGAAUUGCUACCCAGCCUGGAGUUUAUCUCACUGGACCAGAUGUUUCGUGAACCACCAAAGGGCUGCGCUCGAGUUGGCCUGAGUGCAGGCACAGGCAUUGGGGUUUCCUCAGCCCUUGUUAGCAACCAGAACUCCAACAAUGACAAUGAUAAUAAUGCUCAGAACAACAACGCCAACAUACACGACAACAAUCACCAUCACCCAGAUGACUCAGAUGAGGAGAAUGACUUCCGGCAAGACCUGCAGCCAGGAGAACAGCAGUUUGCAGCCGACGCACUGAAUGAGAUGGAAGACAUGGUACAAGAAGAUGGAGAGAUGGUGGCUGAGAGUGGGAAUGCUGCGCCAGCUCACAGCCAGGCCAUUAUUCCUGUGGAUGUUGAUGAGGAGCAAGCAGGACCCAGUGGUCUUCAGCGUGUAGUAAAACCAACCCCGAUUACUGUCCAUGACUCAGAGAGUGAUGACGAGGAAGACAGUCUAGAACUCCAAGAAGUCUGGAUCCCUAAGAGUGGUGCUCGGCGUUACUCUGAGCGUGAAUCAAAAACCGGAGAGUCCAGGGAAUUGUCAGUAAGUGGAAAAGGCAAGACUCCGCUUCGAAAGAGGUACAACUCCCACCAGAUGGACCAGUCGAAGCAGUUCCCCCUCGAGGAGAGCAGCUGUGAGAAAGGCUGUCAGGUCACCAGUGAGCAGAUCAAAGCUGAUAUGAAAGCAGCUAGGGACAUUCCUGAAAAGAAGAGAAACAAGGACGUUUAUCCCAGCUGCAGCAGCGCUGCGGCCAGCACCGUGGGAAGCGCCAGCUCCCACAGCACUGCUUCUCAGAGCCCCGACUUCGCGAGGACGGUGAACUGCAGCAGCCCUUCCGAGCCUAGCCCUCCGGAAGAGGAUGCGUCCCGGCAGUGUGUCUGCUCCCCGGUGGGGUCAGAGGACCCUGAGGCCAUGGACGAGGGAGAAGCAGAGAGUUCUGUCUGCCCCAGAUGCUGCUGUCACAGGUCCCGGGAAUCCCAAAGGAGAACUGGCAGGUGUUCUGAUGAGGAACGGCCUUCCACCAGCCGAGCCUGUGUUGUGAAUGGCCCGGAUGGUACGAGAUCCACCUUUUCCUUUAGGACUCUGCCCCAAGGGGGGUCUUCAGGCCCAGCACCUGAUGAGAGGACUCAUGGGAGUGGCUCUGGGGCUACAGGUGAGGACAGGAGGGGGAGCUCCCAGCCUGAGAGUUGUGACGUGCAGUCUCAUGAAGACUACCCUCGGAGGCCCCUAACCAGGGCCAGGAGCAGACUGUCCCAUGUACCGCUGGUAUCUGAGUCAGAGGUUGCCAAAACAAAGCCACGUCACGCCAUCAAACGGAAACGGACAGCAGAUAAGUCCACCAGUACCAGUGACCCUGUGAUCGAGGAUGACCAUGUACAGGUUCUCGUAUUAAAAUCCAAAAAUCUUGUUGGAGUCACUAUGACCAAUUGUGGAAUCACAGAUUUAGUGCUGAAAGACUGCCCCAAGAUGAUGUUCAUUCACGCUACUAGGUGCAGAGUACUGAAACAUUUAAAAGUAGAAAAUGCACCAAUUGUAAACCGCUUUGACUAUGCACAGUGUAAGAAGCUGAACAUGGAUCAGGUACUGGACCAGAUACUAAGGAUGCCUCCGGAGAGAAACCGCAUCAUAUACCUUCGCCCCAUGCAGCAGGUGGACACACUGACUUUGGAACAGAAACUGUUCAGCGGUCCCUAUCCCUACCACAUCUGCAUCAUCCAUGAGUUUAGUAACCCUCCCAAUGUGCGGAAUAAGGUGCGCAUUCGCAGCUGGAUGGACACGAUAGCCAACAUCAAUCAAGAGCUCAUUAAGUAUGAAUUCUUCCCUGAAGCCACUCGAAGUGAAGAAGACUUGAAGAAGUACCCCAAGUACCCCUGGGGGCGAGAUAUCUACACUUUAGAGGGUGUUGUUGAUGGAGCCCCAUAUUCAAUGAUUUCUGACUUCCCUUGGCUGAGGUCACUGCGGGCAGCAGAGCCCAACAGCUUCGCCCGAUACGAUUUUGAAGAUGAUGAAGAAAGUACCAUCUAUGCUCCUCGAAGAAAAGGACAGCUGUCUGCAGAUAUCUGUAUGGAAACAAUAGGAGAGGAGAUCUCAGAGAUGCGGCAGAUGAAGAAGGGUGUGUUUCAGCGAGUAGUGGCAAUUUUCAUCCACUAUUGUGAUGUCAACGGAGAGCCCGUUGAGGAUGACUACAUUUGAUUGGCCCUAGCUCCUUUCCAGGUAUUACAGCAAGAAGCAGCUGCCCUCACUGAGCUGCUGCCCUCACUCAGCUGCUGGAAUACCCCACAGGGACUUGGGACAUAGCAUUGGGAGGCCCUGGCUGUUUGGAAUAUAGGAAAUGUAUAAGGAAUAUUGAAAUUGUAUACAAAAAUUUGUACAUAAACAGAAUAUGCAAAGACACUUCCUAAAGUACAAACUUUAUAUCGUAUGUUUAUACAAUUUAAUUUAAAAAUCUCAUUAUGAAGGCAUAUAAUUUGAGAGAGUUCAUUUUGUUCCAUUUUUCCUUCAUUCAUACAGUCUCAUUUUUUGACUUGAAUCCCCAUUUACUAUAUUCUUAAUAAUUACCAUCACCCCCUUAAACCUGUGCCUUUUUCUUCUCAAGCAAAGCUGUUUUAAGUAAACCUGAUGAAAAUUGUGUUUUGUGUACUUUUUUUGUUGUUAAAAAAAUACCAACUAAACUAUAUAAUCAGCAAAGGCUGUAUGUUUCUGUACAAAGAAUAUAGCUCCUUUUUUUCCCUUGGUAUUAUAGUUGCCAUGUCUCUUUAAAUAAAAAGACUCAUGAAUUUGAGGGGGAAAUGGAAAAAUUUCCAAAGCAUUUGUAGUUAUUUAUUUCCACAUUCAAUUGUGUAUAUGCUUUACCUUGAAUAUAAAAAUAAAAGUUUACUAAAAACUUU